GUCACGCUGAGGUGUCCGUAAGAAAAUGUCGGGCCGCUCAGUGAGAGCCGAGACCCGCAGCCGGGCUAAAGAUGACAUCAAAAAAGUGAUGGCAGCCAUCGAGAACGUCCGCAGAUGGGAGAAGAAAUGGGUGACGGUCGGCGAUACAUCCCUGCGGAUAUUUAAAUGGGUUCCUGUAAUCGAUGGAAAGGAUAAAGAGAAAAUGAAGGGGAGCGUGCCUGCAGAUGGUGCUGCGACUCCUGCCAACUCCUCUCUGCUGCUAGAAUUUCAAGAUGAGACCAGUAACCAAAGUUCAUUAUCUGAUGUCUACCAGCCAAAGGUGGAAAGCAGCACUUCCAGCCCCAGCCCUCCACGUAGUGUCUCCCCAAGUCCUGUUCAUACCUUAGACUCUCAGCCCCCUACAUUGGGUCAAGAGAGUCUAGAAGAACCCUCCAUGCCUCACAAAGAAGUGGCUGAUGAACCCCCAACUCUCACCAAGGAGGAGCCAUCUCUAUCCACUGCACAGGCAGGGGGAUUAGAUGAAUCUGGAGCACCGCCUCUUAAGAGAGUAUGCACAGAGGGGCCCUCUCAGGCUCCUGCCAUUUUGGAAGGCUAGUUCCAGUUACACAUCACACCUACUCUUCCUGCUACAGCCUUCGGAGAUCUCUAGAUGAGAAAGAUUGCACUUGAGGCUGGAAAUUGUGCAAUUAUGUGAAAAUGCACCUUUUCACAUGAGGGGUGAUCACACAACCUCAUAAGUGCACAAGCCUUUGCGUAUAUUCUUUUGCCAGAACCUUAGCACUCUUCUGUAAUAUCAUGGCAGGUCUGCGAAUGAUUGUGCCAAGAAACAUGCUUCCUUCUGCCAAUCUAGAUCUUCAGCAUAACAGACAUUUCCUAGACUGUCGUAGCACAUUAGAGACAUGAAGCUUGUUGCUUUGUUUCUGUAGAGUCUGCCACAAACUCUAUUAUGCCAAGCUCUCCAGGUGAUGUUAUCCCACAACCUGAAGUAUAGAUAGAAUUCGUAUUAUCUAUUAUUUUUAUCAAAGUUUUACCAAUCGUUUUAGUCCCAUUUGUCGUGUUACCCUUUCACCUGGCCCCAUAUCUGAGACCUAUUGUGGACAAAUUACUGCUACAGAAAAGAACCUUCUAAGUGACUCUCCCAGGAUUGGCAGAUGGUCACAUCACAUCCCAAACCUAAGAUUGUUUCAUAGUCUCCUUAAUGCCCAGACUUGUGGUCUCAUCACUGCUCAAACCUAGAAAAGUAUGAUGGUCACAUAGACAUCAAUGAUUCAGACUGUCUGAUUGUCUCAUCACUGUCUGAAUUGGGAUUGUCUGAGAGCCAAAUUACAAACCAAAUUUGGGACUAUUUGAAAGUCUUGUCACCAUCUGAACCUGGCUGAGACUAUCCAAGGGCCUGCUCAUCAUUUCGUAGAAGGCGGCCACCACCUAACAGAGGACUUUCUCGAGGACUCUUCCUUACCAAAACCUGGCACUUUAGCUCAUGACCACCCAAUCCCAAGACAAGCUAAUGGUUUCAUCACUGGUGAACCUGGGACUGUCGGAUGGUCUAAUCACUGCGAAAGCCCAGAAAGGUCUGAUCUCCUUACUGCCCAAAGGCCUCAUAGACAUCAAUCACUGGGACUGUCUGACUAUCUUAUCACUGUCCAAACAGGGACUGUUUGAGAGUCUCCUUACAGACCAAACCUGGGACUGUCUGAGGGUCUUGUCACCAUUUGAACCUGGGACUUUCAAAUGUCCUGAUCAUCAUUUGGCUAGGAGGUAGCCUCUGCCCAAUAGCACAUUUUGAACACAUUUGCUGAAAAUACCCAGAAACCUACCUUACUCCAUUGCUUAACUUAAGAUUACUUUUCUCUGCCUAUACUAUGCUUAGACUUCUUUGAUCGUAAAAAAAUAUCUUUUGAAUCAAAA